AUGCAUUUAUUUUCAGUCAUAUUUAUAUGUUUGAUGAACAGUAUAGUCUUAUGUAUUAAUUUUAAUAAAUUUCCGUUAUUUGAUAUUCCUUCAUCGUCAAUAUUGAAUUUAUCUACUGUUUCAAUAUCCGAAUCAACUAAUUUGUCUACAACAAAGACAUCAUCAAUACAUAGUAGUAGUAGUACAACUUUUCGUCCAUAUUAUCCUGAUACAUUUAGUCCAGGAUCAAUUGCUGGAAUUAUUAUCGCUUCACUUGUAUUUAUUAUUAUCGUUUCAGUUAGUGCAUUUUAUAUUCGUCGUCAACAAAUUUAUUAUUUACCAUAUUAUAACAAUUAUCGUCGAAUUUAA